AUUGUGUGGCCUAAAUUCCUCGCUUCUUCCUUUUUUUCUCUGCUUCUCUACUGUCCUGGCCUCCUGGGGCUGGGGUGCGGACGACAGGCGGUCUGGCGGUGGGGGGCGGCGAGAUGGGGCGAGGCGACGCCGGAGUGAUCUGGUCCGGCAGUGCGGCGAGGCGGGCGACGAACGAGGAGCAGUGGUUGUCGCCAACGGAGUGUGCGCCGGACAGGAUGACUACCUCCUCGACGGUGAAGGUCUUGGUGAUGAAGUUGUCGAUGAGCUGCUGAAGCGUGAGUGUGGGGUCCGGGAUCUCCGCCUGGGCCUCGUCGGCGGAGGAGACGAGGCAGUCGAGGCGACCCACCGGGACAUCGAAGUUGACGCGGCCGUUGCCGAGGAUGCUGCCGGUGUCGCGGGCGGCGUAGAUGAGGAUGUCGGCGCAGGACCACGGCGGGGCACCUCUUCUCGACAGCGGCCUUGAUCUCCUCCAGAGCGUCGAAUGCGGACAGCCCGAUGCAGGAAAGUCAUGCUGAUUUUGGUUUAGAAGAUAACAAUUUUCUUUUCAGUAUAAUCGAGGGAGAUUUGUUUAUGAUAUUCUUCGUUGUUAUAAUGUUGCAAUAUGAUACAACGAACUGGACAACUGGUUGACUAUUACUUGUGUAUUCAGAUCCUACAAGGCAAGACAAUGACUUUUGAGCGGUACUAAUCGAAAGUGGUACAUAUUUUGAAGGUGAAGCACCACUAACAGCCAGUGCUUCUCUCUGAAUAAUGUGAUCGAAGAAAAGUUUGUUCAUUUGCUCCUGGCGUCACCAUUAUCUUCUUCACAAUUCGAAGGACACAAACACCUCUUACCCUGCAACAAUGGUGGAGGCCAUUGUGGGAGUGCUGAUUGGGAAGUUUGGUGCGGCAUUGGCAAAUGAGGCUGUAACUUUUUCUUCAUCUCUCUUCAUGAAAGAAGUGCAUGCCCUCAAGGGUCUCCUUUAUGAGAUCAAUGAUGUCAAGGAGGAGCUGGAGAGCAUUCAGGCCUAUCUUCAUGAUGCUGAGAGGUUCAACGACACCGAUGUAAAUACCAACAUCUUUAUCAAGAACAUCUGUUGCCUUGCUUUCCAGAUCGAGGAUGUCGUUGAUGAAUUCACAUACAAGCUAGAGGACAAGCAUGGAGGAUUUGCAACCAGGUUUAAGAACAGGGUCUGCCAUGUCAAGACCUGGCGCCAUCUUGUGCAGAAGCUUCAAGAUAUCAAAGCCAAGAUUCAUGCUGCCGAGCAGAGGAAGAACCAUUAUGCCGUUACAGGAAUGGAUUUGUCCUUUAGAUGCAGUGAUCAUCAAGAAAACUUUGCUGAUUCAUCUUUGCAUUUCAGAAAGGAUGAUGAUCUUGUAGGGAUUAAGGAGAACAAGGAGAUGUUGAUUCAGUGGUUGACAGGAGAUUUCCAAGAAAGGAUGAAGAUUACUGCGUCUGGGGGAUGGGUGGUGUGGGUAAAACAACUUUGGUUUCUCAUGUCUACAACAUUGUGAAAGUAGCCUUUGAUUGCGCUGCAUGGGUAACUGUGUCCAAAAAUUACCGAGGUGAUGACUUGCUGAACAGAAUUAUUUCAGAAUUCGAUAUCACAAUUUGUCACAAAAUGGCACCAAGAAGCCGAGUUCAGGUUGUCCACAAUCAUUUGAAAGGUAAAAAGUGUAUACUAAUUCUGGAUGAUGUUUGGGGACCAGAUGUGUGGUUUAAGAUCAAAGAUGUGUUUCCAUCUGAUUGUGUUAGCCGAUUUGUUUUCACAUCAAGGAAACAUGAAGUAGCAUUGUUAGCAUCUAAUAAUUGUUCAAUUCAGGUUGAACCACUACAAGAACACCUUUCGUUGGAAUUGUUUUGCAAGGAAGCAUUCUGGAAAAUUGACAGCAGAGAAUGCCCAUCUGAGCUAAGGCAUUUUGGUCAAAAGUUUGUAGAAAAGAGUAAUGGCUUGCCCAUUGCUAUUGCCUGCAUAGCUCGCCUACUAUCCUGCAGACACCCUACCUAUUCUGAAUGGGAGAAUGUCUACAAUUAGUUAGAGUGGCAGCUUACAAAUAAUACAAUUCUUGGUGUUAACAAAAUUAUUUUGAAGGUUAGCUUAGAGGACCUUCCAAAUGACUUGAAGAAUUGUUUUCUGCACUGUGCAUUGUUCCCAGAAGAUUAUUUAAUUAAGAGAAAGAGAGUAAUCUGGCACUGGAUAAGUGCUGGAUUCAUCAGGGAGAAGGAGAACAGAACACUGGAGGAAGUGGCAGAUGGGUACUUGAAUGAUCUUGUAAACCGAAGCCUACUACAGGUAAUCGAGAAAAAUGAAGAUGGACGAGUACAAUGUUGCCGGAUGCAUGAUGUUAUUCAUCUUCUGGCCCUCCACAAAGCAGACAAAGAAUGCUUUGGCAAGAUUUAUGAUGGGCUGAAAGAAAUUUCUGUAGAUGGCACACGUCAAUUAUCAAUACAAUGCUCCAACAUCAAACAAUUGAGUGUAUCUGGUCCAACGCAGCAUCUCCGUGAAAUUCAUGUUUCUAGCAGUAACAUCAGCAGUGAGUUGCUGAAGCCUAUUCUAACCUCUUCAAAGUUUUGUCGAUACUAGAUUUGCAUGGUGCUCAUAUCAGGGUGUUACCUACCGAGGUCUUCAACUUGUUUAAUCUGCGGCUUUUGGGUCUUGGAGAUACUGGUGUUGAAAUUCUACAGAAGGAAAUUGGAAGACUGCAGAACUUAGAAGUACUGGACGCUUUCAGUACUGAAUUGUUGUCACAAAACUACAGAAACUGAGGCAUCUGUACGCAUGUGCAACAUUAAGAAGAGGGAAAGUUGAACCGUUUGGUUGAAUCGUGGUGCCUACUGGUAUAAAAAACAUGAAAAGAUUGCAUACUCUACAAUGUGUUAAAGCAAGCAUACCGGCCAUUACUGAAGCUGAAGCUUUGAUUCAGUUGAGAACAUUUGGUAUCAGCAGUGUGAGAAGUGAGCACUCAAGAUACUUAUGCAGCGCUGUUAUGAAAAUGAGCCAUCUUGUCUAUUUGUCAAUCACAGUAUCUGAUGAAAACGAAACACUAAAAUUUAAAGAGCUUCAGUCACCUCAAUCUCUAUGUGAGCUGCGUUUGGAAGGCCAGCUGGAAAAGAAAUCUAUGCCUCCGUUUCUGUCAUCCUGGUCACACCUCAAGAAUGUCACAAAACUGCAUCUGAAAUUCUCCAGACUUGACCAAGGUUCCUUCUCCAAUCUCACGGUGCUGCGAGGUUUAUACUGGCUUGAUCUUGCUAAGGCUUUUGAAGGGAAAGAAUUGCAAUUAUAUGCAGGAUCAUUUCCGAAGCUGCGAUAUCUGGCAAUAUGGGAUGCUCCACAUCUCCAACGAGCAGAAAUAGAAAAAGGUGCAAUGCAUUAUUAUCCAACGCAACAAGUUUUUCUUAUUUUCCUGUGUAUAAUGUCAUGUAGGUUUCUGAAAACAAACCUACUAAAAACAUGAAAAGGAAUGUAAGAUGCCUUCGGGCGGAACAAGGGUAUCAAAAGAGAGUGAAUCUAUGACUAUGUGAACAUGUUGGAUUUGGCUGUCACUCGGAAAUAAUGUUGGACGCUUGACUA